AUCAAAUUUGCACAAAUACAUUUUCCUAUAAGUGUAAUAUCGCGCAUAAUAGUGAUAGGAUACUGGAACAGCCAAUUACAGUUGGAUCUAAAUUUACUCUACUAUUUUAUUGCGCAUACAUGAGAAUUACACCUGUCUUUAUAUUACAUCAUGGUUUUAAUUAUAUAGAACAAACUUCAUUGCGGCAAUUCCGUAUGUCGUAUCAUCAGCGAAGCAGACAGGAAUAAGAAUAGAAGAAGAAGAGAAUAAUUCCGUUUACAUUAACGUUACAUUCUAUAUACAUAAAUCAAUGCAUAAAAUAUAUUAAUGGAUAGAAAUAGAUUGAUCUUUGCUUAUUUUACCAUAUUCCUGCUUUUUACGGCAUUUAAAAAAGUCACUCCGGAAAUUGACAAAGCGUCGUCAAAUAUUGCACCUAGCAUCGUUGAAAGUGAUAUUGACACAUCAAAAAUAAAAUCGGAUAGACUUCAACGUAAAAUUUAUGAUAUAUUUCGCGAUAUUGACGAUGAUCGCGAAGAAGAUGUUAACAUCCAGUCACUGAUAAAACGAGGUCGCACACUGGUCGGUGAUUGUGGCUUUCUCCGAGACCGGUUCAAGAUUUACCUUUCCGCAAUAUCGAUCAUUGAAACAUGCGUGAACAUUUGGGCAGUGCAUGGAAAUUUCCACGAGUUACAUGGCUGGAAUAUCUUUUCUUUCUUGCAACAUCAUGGUUUGAAAUUUUUGCGAUAUGAACAACAAGAGUGCAACGUUGCAUAUCAUAUAUUUGCAAAAAUUUAAAUUUUUACUCCUAAUCACUCAAUUCGAUCAAAC